AUGGAGCACAGACAUGCACAUCGCCCUCCCAAGAUAAACCGUUGCGCCGAGGAGUCCUCUGUUCUUACCUUGCCCUGUUCUUCUAGCUCAAAGGCAUUGGUCAAGUCUGGAAACACGUUUUUCAUAAUACAUGGUGAGGGUGGGGAAUAUUUUCAGGCGCAGUCUCUUCCCCAAUUCUGUGCGGCUAAGCCCAGCCAUGACCUCUGUGUCUCUCAUUGUCUUUCAGGGCAAGUUCCCUACCUCCGAGUUACCAUCACACCCUUGUUGACUCUGCCUCGACCCAGACAGCGAGCCAAAAAUAUUUAUGACCUCUUGCCCCGAAGACAAGAAGAGCUGGGAAGACAUCCCUCAAGAAGCAUCCGUAUUGUUAGCACCGAAAGCCUCCUCUCCAGGAAUUCUGACAGCCCUCCUUCUGAGCAUGUGCCCUCCCAAGCAGGCGACGUCCUCCACGUGCACAGAGCCCGUACUCACGCCAUGGGGCAUGCAGUGGGCAUCUAUGACAAUGCCACGCGGCCCCAGACGUGUGGAAACCUUGCUCCCUCGCCUCACUAUGUCAAUGUCAGAGCUUCAAGAGGUUCCCCGAGCACUUCUUCAGAGGAUUCGAGAGACUAUGUCAAUAUCCCCACAGCCAAGGAGCUUGCUGAGACUUUGGCUUCUGCCAGUAACCCUCCUGGGAACCUCUUCAUCCUCCCAAGCACCCAGGAGCUGGCACUGUCUGAAGAAAUAGAUGAGAGUUGUGGGGACGCCAGUGACUGCGCCAGUUUGGGGUCUCCAGGAACCGAUAACAGUGACCCACUCAGCGAUGGGGAAGGGUCUUCUCAGACCUCGAAUGACUAUGUCAACGUGGCAGAGUUGGACCUCGGGACCCCCCUAGGGAAGCAGCUCCAGGGAACGUUUCAGUGCCGCAGGGAUUAUGAAAAUGUACCACCAGGUCCCAGUAGCAGCAAGCAGAAGGAGGAGGAAGUGACAUCCUCAAACACACACCCUGUAGAGGGCAGGACAGACGGUCCAGAGACCCACAUCCUACCUGCCAUGCAGUCAGGGAGCUUCCUGGCUUCAAAGGAUUACGUGGCCUGUCAGUCGUCUGCCCACAGUGAGACCGGGCCGUGGAAACAUGCAGAAGAGACAGAGACGUCAAGUGAGGACUCUCAUGACUAUGAGAAUGUGUGAGCUGCCGAGGCAGGUGCAGGGGCUGAGCAGCGGCCUGACCCACGGCUCUUUCCUGACAAACUGAGACCCAGCCACCCAACCGGCAAGCUACAUCACGUGGUCGCUGCUGCCAGAGUCACCCUUGAUGACCCUGUAUUUCCGUGGUUUCAUUUGGUUAGGCUAAGGAGAUGAAAUGAGCAAGGAGCUAAGGGGCUCUCAAAAGCAGAGUUUUGAGAAAGCCAGAAAGUAAUUCGUCUCAGCAAGGUUCUGUUACCUCUCAUACCAACUUAAGAAUGUUUGCUGAAACUACCUUACAGAAUUGUUAGGAGGUUAAAAACGGAAGAGUCCUUUAGUGCGCAGUGGAAACACGAUGUAGCCUAAAAUCAUUGGCUUUGCUAAUACCAGCAGGCUGCAAAGCUAGAAUAGAUUAUUUGGUAAUCCAGGCAGAGGCCAAAAGGAAUGAAGCAAUUGGAGCGGGGUGGGGAGGGAGAGUUUCCACUCUAGAAUGAGUGUGGACCACCAAACGCUAGAGAAAAUGCAGAAUAAUAAUUCUCAUCAUUGCUAAGGGGAUUGCAAGCCAUAAGCUUCACUCUGGAAAAUUGUGCAUCAGUUUCUUAUUAACAUACACUUAUUAUAUAACCCAAUCAUUCCAGUAUUAGGUAUUUAUCCAAGUGUAAAGGUUGUGUUCACAAGAGAAAAAAAAAACCUCAUACAUGACUGUUUAUAGCAGCUUUAUUCAUGAUUGUGAAAACUUGGAAAUAAGUCUUUCAACAGGUGAGUGGAUAAACAAGCUGUCCUAUAGUCACACAAUGAAUUUAUCCACAGUCAACGGUAAAAAUGAGUGAAGUGUAUAGGUUCAUGCAAUAACAUGGACAAAUAUUAAGCACAUUUUGCUAAGUGAAA